GUGGUCUUCAACAAUCCGGUGACAUAAACUCCACCAACAGGAGACUCGGAGCCACAAUGGGCAGUGUCGAGAAAAACAAGGAGCAGGAUGAUAGUAGUUCUAGGUCUUAUCGAGGAGCAGGACAGCGUACGCUAGCAGGAGCACCUCCAGGUGAUACACCAGGAGGAAAGAAUUUUAAAGCAAAAAAUGCUGCUGGAACAACAAGUGGAGCAAAGAACACAAGUGGGAACAAAACAGCUACUGGAGGAGGACGAACAACAACAAGACGGCCGUUGGAU